AUGGCCAACAACCGAGUUCCGAUCAACUACGAAGUACCUGCUUUCCCGUCAUUAUAUGAUCCCUUGCCGGCGCAUCACGAGCAAUCAUACUACCUAUACUACACAAAGGACAUAUGGCGCUUCACAUUCUACUGGACAUUGGUUUUUUAUGCCGUGACACAUCUUACAGUCGCUGGGUGUGCAGUAUUGACCCAUUUUCGUAACUGGAAGGUGAUAUGGGUUGUACCAUUGGUGUACAGCUUUGUUGCAGCCCUGGAAGCACUUAUAGCUGGAAGUAUAGUUGGUGUUGUUCUCGGCGCGGUGUAUGAAGCAGGCAACUUCAGAAUGUCAACUUGGCUGCCGAUGGUAUGGGGUGGUGUCAAUGUGAUGGUGCUUAUUGUCACCAGCUUCCCCAUGCAAGGUGGGCUUUGA